AUGAAACUACUAUCCCAUUUAGUCCGUACAGCGUUCCUAUUUACUUCCUUUGUAUUAGCUGAUCCUAAAGUCACCCACAAGGUCCACUUUGACAUCGUUCAUGGCGAAGAAGCUUUAGGUCGGAUCGUUAUAGGCCUCUUUGGAGAGGUCGCCCCGCUAACCGUCCAAAACUUCUACGAACUCUCAACUAGUAACGACCCUGCUAUGGGUUAUGUAAACUCUACGUUCCACAGAGUUAUACCUCAAUUCAUGAUCCAGGGUGGCGACUUCACUCAUGGUACUGGCGUCGGCGGCCGUUCCAUCUACGGCCCUACUUUCGCAGAUGAGUCUUUCGAACUCAAGCACGACAAACCAGGUAGACUCUCAAUGGCCAACCGCGGCAAGGACACCAACGGCUCCCAGUUCUUCAUUACCACGGUUCCAACUCCUUGGUUAGACGGCCGUCACGUGGUCUUUGGUGAGGUCAUCGAGGGCAUGGAAGUCGUGAGCGCCGUUGAAAAGGUCCGCACUAACGCUCGUGACGCUCCUUUUGUUCCUGUCCGCGUAGCCGAAGCAGGAGGAGAAGUCGUUAAGGAGCCGCUCUCUGACGAGUUAUAG